UUCGAGAUAGCGAAGGAGACGCAGGCCGGAACCCGACAGUCUCUUUCACCUCCUGGUUGCGCGAUCACAGUCCGACGCGCGGGAAAAACCAGCCCGCUGCUGCCUUUUGCAUGACGAUUGGAGCCGGAGGAAACCACGUGGGCGCCGCGAGCACGUGAAGAAGAUUCGUUCCACUUCUUCUUCGGUUUUUCUUUUCCUCCAGAUUGAAGUAGAUAAUCUUCUGUUAUCUGGAGAGUUAGGGAAGACAGAAGCGAUAGCAAAGUUCUUGUAAACAUAAACAAAGUGAGUGACUGGCAUUGUGCCCAGAUUUCUCGCUCUCCCACAUGGCGUGAGGGCCAGUCAGCUGAUUUCAAUUUCUUCCUCAUCAUCAUCAAGUCAGGAUCGACUCAAGGAAGAAGCCAAAAAGAAUCCUCGGCUGCUUUCAGAAGAAAGAAGACGGAAGAUGGGUUCUUGAUGACUAACCGGGUGACGUCACCAAAGCAGGUGACUUCGGUGCCGGCAACGGAGAAUGAACAAAGAGGAAGAUAACCGGAGAACCACCAGAUCCUCCAGGGGACCUCUAGAUUCUGUUCAAGAUGCGCAAAACUGUCAAUCUCGUACGCCAAAUAACUCACAAAAUCAUAUGCCAAGAAAGGUGAAUAAAUUAAGAGCGUCCUCUGGAUGCGUCUCGAAUCGUAAAAGAAAAUUAUCCAACGACGCGAACGAGCCUUCAUCUUUCAAAGAGCCAAAAACUGAAGACGGUUCCCUUACAGAUCUAGUGAACACAGACGACAGCAACCACAGAAUAAGUGCUGAUUCAACGAAACCAACGCAUGAUCAGACUCCUGAUGCAUGCAGGUUACAGCCAUACGGCAACAAGGACUUUCCCGUCGGUUACGAAGAGGAAAAUCAAAUCGUGCAGCGUGUGGUCGAAGAAACCAUGGACGCUGUAGUACGCGAAGAAGAAGGUGAUAUGGAUGAAGACACCCGAAGAAUCAGGGAAGCAGAAGCUGCGUUACGUUCACUGUCAGGUGACUUCGAACCGGACACUGGUAUGGACAUUUUUGCUGGCGUGUGUGGUGGCGUGACCACUGAACGGCCUUUCUUCGAGAACCUGUUUGAAAAGAAAAACGAGGUGACCACUCCAAAGACUGCAGAGGUAGUCACGAACUCUUGGAAGGACGUGGUCACUCUCAGUGCGUCCUCCAGUUCAUGCUGUAGUAGUGAGAGAUCACCCCUCAGGUCGCCUAUCCUAUCCCCAGUGGUCAGUAUCCACAGUAUUAAAGAGGAAAGGCGUGAAGAGCAAGAAGUGGUCACCAGCCCCAUGUACCAGCAACCUCGGGAUGAGGAAUAUUCCCCUCAGGGAGCGCUCAGGGCGCCACAGCAACAUCACCAACAUCAGCAACAGCCCCAGCCUCAAACUCCGAUCAGUUCACCCGAUACUAGCUUCAGUGUACCCGCCUCUGUGGACGCUAAGCCAAUGAGCUGUACAAGUCAGUACAGUUCGGCGGACGAGGUAUUCGAUGAAUUCACGCCCUUGCCACCUGCAGUGCAGCCCCAGGAGGACAGCAGGAGCGUGGACAAUGUAGGUUCAUCAGUUAACGAAGGAGAACCGUACGAUGUCGCCAGUCUGCUGAAGAUUGAAGAAGAAUGUGCCAAUAUCCAAUCGCUUGUCGAAUCCGACGGUUUCACGAUGCAAACGGAUGCCUACUCCAGAGAACAACAGUUCUCAAGAACAGAACCAAUGCACGACAUAAAACCCAAUAUACAUGACAUGAGACAUCUUACCCAUCAACAACCGCCUCAGCCACCGCCUCCACAGUCUUACUGUCGAAUGGACGAUGGUUACGGGGGUGGAGAAUAUUUUCAACCUUAUGGUUGUCCUCCAACCAGCCCAGCUUCCAGGAGAUAUCUGCUUCUGGACUCUAAGCUACAAGAGCCGGUCAAGAGGCCUUUAUCUUUCGACGAUCACCUGUUGCCUUUGCCAGAAGAUGACCAUCCUCUGGUCAUUGAUGAAGGCAGACAGCAGCAGCAACACAGGUACGGCGGGAUAGAAGACGAAGAGGACAGUAAUUCUCUGCAGUCGUGCAGUCAACAGAGCGGGUCGACGCCUCAUUACAACAACAGUUGCUGCGAAAUGAUGCCGUCACCACACUCCGACAUGGGGGAUGGUAGAAGAAUGCUCGAGUGCCAGCAGUCUUCACCACAGGAUCCUUCUCUUAGAGACGGAAAGUGCCCUACUCCAGGAUGUAAUGGGUCAGGGCAUGUUACCGGACUCUAUUCUCAUCAUAGAAGUUUAUCUGGUUGCCCCCGAAAAGAUCGAAUCACUCCAGAAAUUUUAGCCUUACAUGAGACAAUACUGAAGUGUCCUACGAAUGGCUGUAACGGCAGAGGGCACAUCAACAGUAACAGGAUCUCGCAUCGGAGCUUAUCUGGGUGCCCUAUUGCUGCAAUGGAGAAAAUGGUCCAAAAGGAACAAAGAGCCACACCCAAACCAUCACCCCCUGUUGGGCAAAUUCCUUCUGGACCAUCGUCUCCUGAUUGCGUUAUGAGGACACUCUGUUACGUAAAACACACAGACAUGCCAGACUACAGGUAUCCGAUGUACGGACAACCAGCGCGCUCACCCAUGGAAAAGUACGGUCGCCCUCAAACCCCUGACUACAACUCAUACGAUAGCCAGAGGUUUUAUGGUAGGCCGCCUAUGGUGCCAAAAAUAAAGUCUGAAUCACCGGAUGGGCAAAUUUUAAAUAAAUCUAACAUACCUUUAGCGCCUGUGUGUGGAGGUGGCCAAAGAAAUUCAGUAGUUGUCUCAUCGAAGCAAAUUUAUUCCCCUCCCCCGCCACCAACCAACGACUCGGAACAGACGGAGCCCGUCGACUUUUCGACAGGACAUGACGAAAGAGUGCCCGGACCUCACAUGCUACCCAACGCUACACCAUCACCUUCACCUCGAUCUCCAGCAACUGGACGAUCGCCUCUUGACGCUUCGCCUCAUUGUCCACCGCAGCAUGUACCCCCUUAUCCACAGAGUCCCUUGGGACCGCCGCCUCCAGCGGACAGAAUACAGCAUCAUCAUCUGAUGCCAUCACCUCCAGAAUACGUACCAGAGAAAUGUAUGCCGCCAAAAAUAAAAAGCCGAGGAAGAGAGGGUCGAGAAUUAAUUCACUGCCCUACUCCUGGUUGUGAUGGAAUGGGCCAUAUAUCCGGAAAUUAUGCAACUCAUCGAAGCCUGUCUGGAUGUCCGCAUGCAGAUCGAUCACAAAUUCAGGCUCAGCAUCAAGAGCUAAAGCCUAAUUUAUGUUACAAUGAAAAACCAAGUGGUCAGUGGUAUCGGUAUCCAAGCAGCCAACACGAUAAGUCAAUGUCUCCCAUUCUCAGGUGCCCUACGCCCGGCUGUGACGGUUCUGGUCAUGUGACGGGGAAUUAUUCGUCACAUCGGAGUCUCUCUGGUUGCCCGAGAGCGAAUAAACCAAAGAAAAUGGUUAACAGAGACGAAAAAAAUGACCCAGAACCUCUUAGGUGUCCAAUUCCGGGAUGUGAUGGUUCCGGACAUGUAACUGGAAAAUUCCAGUCACACAGAAGCGCUUCAGGCUGCCCUAUUGCCAAUCGCAGCAAGGUCCGGCUUGAAACGAUGCCUCAUGAACCUAGGCCAGUCAAGGUUGAAGGGGUGAGCUGCCCAACACCAGGCUGCGAUGGCAGCGGCCACGCAAAUGGUACAUUCCUCACCCACCGUAGCCUCUCUGGCUGUCCCAGGGCAGCCCAGGCAGUGCGUAAGGCUAAAGCAGCAGCCGAUGAAGACGCUCUGCCAGUCAAGCAUCAGCCAGUAACUGGUGUGGAGGAUCUUUCCAACAUUCGAGCCCUGGAAGAAGAGAUAAUGGAACUCCAGGAAUACAAUGCCCGGGUGGAAUCGGAGAUGUUCCAACUACGAACAGAUAUCACCCAAAUGGAACCACUCCCGAGGCCUACGGACAGAGAGAGUCCCCAUUCCACUGCUCAGAAGACAAGUCAGCUGAGCGAGUACUACGAAUCCCUUCGGAACAAUUUCAUCAACCUCCUGGACCACGUCCGGUUACCCAGCUUCGACGAGAAACCUACCCCGGACAAUUUCGACACGUACUUGAACAGACUUCAGUCUCUCUGUGCGGACAACUCUAAGGAGGAAGACGGCAGAAAUGUUUUCUCUUCAGUUAAACAAGCAAUGCAGGAUUUCUCCGCACCGAUGCAACAAGCGAACGGUUGGGUGAGGUCCUGAAACUUGUUCAUUGACUGAAUACCCCAUUCUACCUCCCUUCAAACUCUGCCAAUUUGCGGCUGCUUUCUUGCAGAGACUGUUAAACCACUUGUACAUAGAAAAACGUACUGCAAUGAAAGAAAAUUCGUCAAAACAUACGUGUAAUUUCUCUUUAAAAAAAAGUAAAAGAUUUUUUUAAUAAGAAACUAUUCAAACAGAAGAAUCCCUUAUAUAGUUUAAAGAAAAUAAAAAAAAAAGAAUUUAUGUAUUGUAUAUACAUGGAAAAAAACUUUCUUCGUCUCCUUCUUAGAGUUAGGAACUUCAGAAUGGCAACGAGUAUACGCUGGUCGAGACUGGAGAAAGCUCACUUUCAAGUCAUUUCCCUCGUUCGUCAUUCAUGUUACUGUUGAAGUUUAUAAAGUUAGACCCUAGAGGAUUAAAUAUUUGUAGAUUGCUUCCAACUGUUAGUUUUAUCAUACAGUCUUUCAAAUAAAAAACGACAGAAGCUGAAUCAAACAACUAAUAAAAAAAAUGGAACAUAUUUGUUAUGCUUUUAUGGAAAUCCGGAAACUUAAAAGAAAACAGACUUGCAAGAGGUGAACGAUAACGUUUCCAGCAAUAUAAUAGAUACAUUAAUAAAUAAUAAUACGUAAACAAAAAUCACUCGGUGAAGAAUCUCCAUUAUGCAACAGCAAGCCCAAAACAAAUCGUUAACAAUUUUUAGAAAGGACGAAGACUGUACAAAAGCAAUUGUUGUAGAAGAUGGAACGUCAGGAAUGGCGUCAAAUUCUGGAACCUUCGUCUGUGUUAGUUUAUGUACAUAGCUUCUUCCAGUGAACUGAAGGUAGUUCAACUAAAUAUAUGAUGUGAUUCUCUCACCACACCUGCAGGGAUUUAGACCCAUAGUGAUUUGUAAAUCACUUUUGUUGUUGGCGCUUUUUUUAAGUGUGUCCAUGUUAUUGAAGAAUGUAUAGUGUUAGACUUGUUUUGUUUCCUCAUCACAAAGGUUUAUGUUUUGUCACAAUCGCAUCACACUCAUACAUAAAAACACAAUUCUUCGCGAUCUAUUUUUAUGGACUGAACCACGUUACAACCAUUAAGUUUUUCGAAUCUCACUUUAGCUUUUAGAAGUGGUUUGCUCAUUUAUUUAGAAUCUAGCGACACAUUUCGAAAAAAACGAAAAGAUAUUUAUAAACUUUCAAGAGAAACAUUGAUUGCUCGGAAUGCUGAAAUCGCGAAGAUAUGUAUUUCAACGAUUCUUACAGAUAGCGCAUUUUUUUGUAUGAUACAGAUUACAUAUUUUAACAGUUCGAAGUUAUAUAUAGCUUUAAUUUUAAAUUAAAAAAAUAUGUAAGUGAGGUGAAAAACAUGAAUAGAAUAAUGAGUAAAGAAAAAGUCUAGAUUUUUUUCAAUUAUAUUUACGAUA